GAUGGCGGUCCUGGACGCCGAGGGCUGACGCGCCGCUGCGAGGCCGGGACCGGUUCGUCUCUGCACUGGACUAUGAGCCCCUGGGAAGGAGCCGUGUCGUACUCAUCUCUAGGUCCCCGGCGUCCAGCGCAGUUCCUGCAGCAGAGCACACUACCGCACACGAGUGCACACACAGGUACAUGACCCAUGCCGCUGUGAAUAAGUGAAGAGAGAGGAAUGGUUCAGAGUACUGACUCCCUUGAGUUUGGAGAGGCUGUUUAAGCUGAAUUUUGGGACAUGGCCACUGCUUCACCAAGGUCUGCUACUAGUAAUAACCACAGUGGAAGGUUACAGUUACAGGUAACUGUCUCUAGUGCCAAACUGAAAAGAAAAAAGAACUGGUUUGUGACAUCAGUCUACACUGAAGUAGUUGUUGAUGGAGAAAUUAAGAAAACAGCAAAAUCCAGUAGUUCUUCUAAUCCGAAGUGGGAUGAGCAGUUGACCGUGAGCGUGACCACGCAGAGCACCCUGGAGUUCCGGGUCUGGAGCCACCACACUCUGCGGGCAGACGCCCUGUUGGGACGGGCAGCGGUGGACCUGAAGCAGGCUCUGCUGACACACAACCGGAAGUGUGCUGGAGAGAAGGUGGUGCCCGGACACAUCCCAGGGAGAUGCAUGACGCAGAGACAAGGGCAGCUCCAGAGAAAAACACGUGUCUGCAGAGAUGUGUCAGUUAGAAUUGCAGGACGAGCCGUGACAGGAGAAGUGGAAAGAGUGAAAGAACAAUUAAAACUUUGCUUGGAGAACAAGAAUGGCAGAGUGCAGACUGGCGAGUUAACGGUGGUGCUGGACGGAUUGGUGAUUGAGCCAGAAAACCUACUGAGCUGCAGCCCACCCCCAACCAUAGAAAUACAGCAAAAUGGUGAUGCCUUACAUGAACACGGAGAGCCUUCAGCCAGGACGACGACCAGGUUGGCUGCUGAAGGUCCCAACAGAAUAGAUAACCACGUACUUACCAACACUGUGGUGCAGGACUCCUGCUGUUCCCGUGUGGUGAACGGAGACAGCGCACCGUCCUCUCCAUCUCAGGGUGCGGCCAGGCCCCAGAACCCCCCAGCCCCACGACCACGCACGCCUGAGCCUGCCAGUGACACUGUUAAUGGAGAACCGUCCUCACCUGUACCAGCUGAUGGCGCUCUGGCUGUAGGGCCGUCCAUGGCCCCCGAGGACAGUGUGUCAUCGUCAGGUUACACUGGAAUCACUGGUGAGGAGGCCCCCGUUCCAGAAGUGUCAGCAGCCUCAGAGCCCAGUGGACGUGUCCUCUCGGACGGUGCAGCGCUCGGGGCUGGGGUUGGCGGGGGGCCGGACCUGGACCCUGCCGCCUCUGCCUCUGCAAACAGCCCUGCCUUCGAAGCUGCCAAGUCCCGGCAGCUGAGCGGGGCUGCGGAGCCCGGGAGGAACGCCGGCACGGAAAGCCUGCCCUCGGGGUGGGAGCAGAGGAAAGACCCUCAUGGAAGAACCUAUUACGUGGAUCACAACACGCGGACGACCACGUGGGAGAGGCCACAGCCUUUGCCCCCAGGCUGGGAGAGAAGAGUGGAUGACCGUGGCAGGGUGUACUAUGUGGAUCACAACACCAGGACAACCACGUGGCAGCGACCGACACUGGAGUCUGUGCGGGACUUUGAACAGUGGCAGUCGCAGCGCAACCAGCUGCAGGGCGCCCUCCAGCAGUUCAACCAGCGCUACCUCUACUCGGCUUCCGUGUUAGCUGCAGAAAGUGACCCGUACGGGCCCCUGCCGCCAGGCUGGGAAAAAAGAGUAGAUUCAACAGACAGAGUUUACUUUGUGAAUCAUAACACAAAAACCACCCAGUGGGAAGAUCCGAGAACUCAGGGCUUACAGAAUGAAGAGCCCCUGCCCGAAGGCUGGGAGAUCAGGUAUACCCGGGAAGGUGUACGGUACUUUGUCGAUCACAACACCAGGACGACGACGUUCAAAGACCCUCGCAACGGGAAGUCGUCUGUAACUAAAGGUGGUCCCCAGAUCGCGUACGAACGCAGCUUCAGGUGGAAGCUUGCUCACUUUCGUUACCUGUGCCAGUCCAACGCACUACCCAGUCACGUGAAGAUCAACGUGUCCCGGCAGACACUGUUCGAAGACUCCUUCCAGCAGAUCAUGGCAUUGAAGCCCUACGACUUGAGGAGGCGAUUGUACGUCAUCUUCCGAGGAGAAGAAGGACUCGACUAUGGCGGUUUAGCAAGGGAGUGGUUUUUCCUGCUGUCCCACGAAGUCCUGAACCCCAUGUACUGCUUGUUUGAGUACGCGGGCAAGAACAACUACUGCCUGCAGAUCAACCCUGCGUCCACCAUCAACCCUGACCACCUCUCCUACUUCUGCUUCAUCGGCCGCUUCAUCGCCAUGGCACUUUUCCAUGGGAAGUUUAUUGAUACUGGUUUCUCUUUGCCAUUCUACAAGCGGAUGUUAAGUAAAAAACUGACAAUUAAGGAUUUGGAGUCUAUUGAUACUGAAUUUUAUAAUUCUCUUAUCUGGAUAAGAGACAACAACAUCGAAGAAUGUGGCUUAGAAAUGUACUUUUCUGUUGACAUGGAGAUUUUGGGCAAGGUGACCUCGCAUGACCUGAAGCUGGGAGGAGCCAACAUCCUGGUGACCGAGGACAACAAGGAUGAGUACAUCGGGCUGAUGACGGAGUGGCGGUUUUCCCGCGGGGUGCAGGAGCAGACCAAAGCCUUCCUGGACGGCUUCAACGAAGUCGUCCCGCUGCAGUGGCUGCAGUACUUCGAUGAGAAAGAGCUGGAGGUGAUGCUGUGCGGCAUGCAGGAGGUGGACCUGGCCGACUGGCAGCGCAACGCCGUGUACCGGCACUACACCCGGAACAGCAAGCAGGUCAUCUGGUUCUGGCAGUUCGUGAAGGAGACUGACAACGAGGUGAGGAUGCGCCUCCUGCAGUUCGUCACCGGGACCUGCCGCCUGCCCCUGGGGGGCUUCGCCGAGCUCAUGGGAAGUAAUGGGCCUCAAAAAUUUUGCAUUGAGAAAGUUGGGAAAGAUACCUGGUUACCAAGAAGCCACACGUGUUUCAACCGCUUGGACCUACCGCCGUAUAAGAGUUACGAGCAGCUGAAGGAAAAGCUCCUUUUUGCGAUAGAAGAGACGGAGGGCUUCGGACAGGAGUAGAGCUCAUGGGCGGCGCAGGCCGCGCCUGCACGGAGGAGUGUGCCUAGGCUGUUCGCGGGCAGGGACUUUAUGGGCGUCUCAAAUAUAAACGGUUUCCACUCAGAAUAUGCAAAAGAACUCAUCCUUUUCUACUUUAUUUAUUGUUCCCUGAACUGACUGAGCAGGAUAAGAUCAACCUUAAAUUCCGAAGUGAGGCUGGACUGGACGUGCGCUCUAGUUUUAUAGAGCUGCCACGACGGCACUGUGGGCUGUGGGCGCUGGGGCGCGGGC